AUGGAGUACACAAAUUCGUCAGCUGACAAUCUUGUAGAAAGUGCCUUCUCGGAAGUUUAUGAUGAUGCAAACAAGUUGAGGGCUGCUGUGGACCAGAAACCUCAGGGUAAGAGUAGGAUACGGAUAAUAUCGAUAUACUCGGAACGAACCAUCGAGCCACUUCAAAUAACUUCAAUCUUGACGCGCAAAAUACUGCACAAAUAUAAGGUCCAUCCCGACUUCCUUCGUGUCCUCUUCAGUUUUGGAGAAGAACCCCACAUCGCCGAGGCGAGCAGUAACAACCUAGCCAUUCACUCUCCACGGGCUGGAGAAACGUUAGACAUUACAUAUCAAGUAAACUACGUAGAAGAAAAUCUCAGGAAAGGAAAAGAUCCAUGGUCCUUUCGACACACAGGUGUCUAUCAUCACCAUACCCCAGAUUUCGACUUAUUCAUCCUGCUUCAUCCUAUCAACAACAGUGUUCUCGAAGACCGACUGUUGAAGAUGCUUGAGGUGGAUCAAUCUGUCAAGCCAAAGGUGUCUCAGAUACCGGCUUUCUGUAAAGAUCCGUAUCGUCUUCAUCUUUUGGUCAUGUCAUCGUUUUUUGACAACUGGAGAUGGUAUUUCAGGAAUCUUGGAGAAACAUUCGCUGCAGAAAACAAUUCAGCUAUGGUGAUCAAGCCCGAAACAGCGAGGGCGCAAGAGAGCUUCGCUCGUGUGAAGAGUCUGAGAAACAUGAAUGACUUCGCCCUCUUCGCGAAAGCGUGUUGCUCCAGCGAUCUCGACCUGGUGGAGAAAUUGAAAGGCUGUGACCUUACGCCUCUGAAAGACGCCAGCAGUCUCGAGUCACAGAAGACGAUUCUUCGAGGCCACGUUGAGAGCUCCACUGUCUUGGAGGGGAGGAUCAGGAAUGCAAUUGAUUUGGUUGGCUACACGUUGACUUUGCAUAAUCAACUCGAGACUGCAAAGGUUGACAACGAGCUUCGAGACAUGACAAAGGAGCUCCGAGACGUGACGGAGCAGUUGAGAAAUCUUCAGCAGGACACAGUCGACGACAGUACGACAGUGAAGAUCAUUACGUAUGUCUCAGCUAUCUAUCUCCCAGGAAGUUUCGUCGCCUCCGUGUACGGUACGAACUUCUUCGUUUUCGACCAAAAUGCAUACCAGAUAACGAUUGCGCAUGAUUUCUGGAUAUUCAUUGCAACCUGGCUACCCUUGACGUUCAUCACUGGCGCAUUGUAUAUUGCAGUGUUGUGGUUUGAUGCUCGGCGGAAGGGGAAGCAGUUUCUGUGGCCUUGGAGUCUGAAGCCGCCUCGUCCGUUACCUGGAAAGAUCCAGUAG